GCAUAGAUUCUUGCUGGGCUACGUUAUCAAAUAAUUAUAGAUAAUAUUUUGCAUAUAUUUACAAGUUAAUCAAACUUUGCAUUUGAUUGUUUUUAAAAUUUAUUAUAUAAUUAAAACUGUGUAUUUACAUAAAUUCCAUUUGCACAAAAUGCCAAGUUAUUAAGAAGAUUGGAUUAAUUACCCACUUUGACAAAACAAUGCCUCAGUCAGAGUUUUGGCCGUUUGGAAGCAAAUUAUUCGAAGAUUGUAACAAUGGAGAAGCUUCAGUUCUACAAAAGCAACUGGGGGACAUGGAGGGUGAGGUCAAAGUGAUCCAAAUGGAACUGGCGGCCAUACGAAAAGAUCGACUCGAUCUUCAUAAUCGCCAACAUAGCGAUAUUGAUGAGGAUGUCGUCAAAGAUACAACUACGACUAUAAGGGAUACAACAAAAAUAGAUGAGAAAUAUCAAACAUUCACAGAGAUGUCGAAACUCCGCGAAGAAUUGAUAAGGGCCAAAAACACGGCGGAUGAAGAGAGGUUCAAGCGCGAAAAGUAUGAGACAAAGCUGCAGGACCUGGAGAUGAAACUAAACGGCAUCUGCUGCACUGGCGUCGUAUUCGAUGCUAAGCAGGAAUCAAAGAAGCAUACAGAAAGCGAAGUCACUAAUUUGAAAUCACAGCUGCGCGACCUGAAAGAUGAGUUGGAAGAAUUGAGGUUGACUGUAACAGAAAAGACUGAGCAAUUACAAGAGUAUCGUGUCAAGUACCUUCAAGCACAGCAACAGGUGGAGGAAUUGAAACGACAACUGGACGUGGUAGACUAUGACAGCAAACAGGUCUCCGAUCACAUUCAGCUCGAAAUACAGAAAAUGAAGAUGCAAUUUCAAGAGAAGCUUCAAGAGCUGUCGCCGCUGCCUGAUCUUCUGAAGGGAGCCCAAAUCCAGUUGCAGGAAGCAAAACAAUUACAGAGGCUAGCGGAAGAUAGUUCCAGCCAACUUUCCAAUGAAUUGCAUAGAGUCAAAGAAAAGUUGAUAACAGCUGUGAACAAUCUGAAUCAAGAGAAAGCAGAAAAACUGAAACUUCAAGAAGAAAAUAAACGUAUAAAAACUUCACUGGAAGACUCCACGAAGGAACUUGAAGAACUGAGAAAAUCGACGGCGGAAAACAAAUGCCAGGUAUUAAGGCUAGAAGAGAAGUUAUCUCAACAAGAAACAAGAUUCAAAGAAAAAUCAGUGGAAUGUGCAGCGUUGCUGAAAGAUCUUGAUGAACUACGUAUAGAGACUAAUAGGUCACUGUCACGGAGCAAGGAGCGCUCAGACUCUAUGCGACGAUAUCUUCAGACUCAAAUAUCGGAGUUGGAACGGCAGCUCGUGCAAAGUCGUGCACAGUGUCGAGCUUGCCAGAAGGAGAGAGACGAAAUUCGCCAACGCAUGCAGAUUCAAAUAAACAAUUUGCAAGAAAACUUCGAGUUGGUUGAAAUCCGGCUCCGCACGUUACAGGGGCAGGUGACUUCACUGAAAACCAGCUACACCGUCAUGCUCUCCGACGAUGAGGAUAGCGGCGACUUCAACAAGAUUACCACCUCCUAAGCUGAUAAUAUGACUACCUAAACCAUUAAUUACUUUGUCUUUGUAUCUUGAAUUGUUUACAGAGCAUUAUUCGUGUCAAAGAAAUUUUUAUGAAGAGUAGUAUGUAAUAAUUAUUUACAUUUAAUUUUUCAUACUCUAUAAUUGCAGUUAUUUUUGUAAGUAGGUAACUAGACGCAAAUAAAUAAUAAAUUACUGGGCAUCAAACAGCAAUAGGAAAAGCA